AUGUCUAAAACAGUUUUGAUCACCGGCUGCAGCCAUGGCGGGUUCGGGGAGGCCAUGGCCAAAGUCUACCACGCGAAAGGCUUCCAAGUCUUUGCAACGGUCCGCAACAUGGCCAAAGCCGGAUCGCUGGCGGAUUAUGACGGGGUUGAGAUCCUCGAGCUGGAUGUGACAUCAGUCGAGUCGAUUCGGCACUGUGCACAGACUGUUGCGAAACACACGGGCGGGCGACUCGAUGUCCUGGUCAACAACGCGGGCGUGAACGCCAUCGUGCCGCUUCUCGACGCCUCCCUCGACGAGGCGAAGAAGGUCUACGAUACAAAUGUGUGGAGUGUUGUUGCCAUGGUGCAGGCGUUCGCCCCGAUGCUCAUGCAGGCCAAAGGCGUCGUGUGCAAUAUCAGCUCGGUGUCGGGCGAAAUGGUGUUUGCAUGGGCGGGUGUAUAUAGUAGCUCUCGAAGCGCUGGCACGCGGAUUUCCGAGACCCUGCGUCUGGAGAUGGCUCCUCUAGGCGUGCGCGUCGUCACCGUCAUCCUCGGCGGUGUCCAGACCAGUGGGAACGACCCGAACAAUAUCGCAGACUUGGAGCUGCCCCCCGGUUCGCAGUACCGGAAGAUCGCAUCGGUCAUUGAUCGUCAUAAGAAGACGAUGGUGCAUCCGAACAAACAGAACAUCGACAUCGCAGCAAAGAACGUGGUGGACGAUGUUCUCAACGGUCAUGGCAUAUUCAUUCGACGUGGCCAGGCUUCGACUCUUAGUUGGUUAUGCAACACCUUUCUUCCCUACCGGCUUUUUACUUGGAUGAUUAAUCGGGAGUCAGCUUUGGAUCAAAUCUGA